AUGAGCGAGAAACAGUUUCAUCCAGAGGGAAAGGGCGAGGAGGAGCGCUUCGACGUGCUCGAGGUCGUGGCGGCCCGAAACAGUGGCAACAUUGAUGCAGAGCGCCAGAAAUUGGAGUCUUUUGCACAGGAAGCACAAACGAGAGAGCAAGAGCAAGAGCUGGCACCGUCUGACUCACUACAUGGAAGGAAAAGGCACCAUACAUCAAGCAUAAGUAGCAAAGCAAACACAACUGAACAGGAAACACAAGAGGACGAACGUGGAGGCAAUGGAGAUAACGAUAAUGAUAGCUUCAUGAUCAAGGUUGUACGCGAGCGACAGAAAAUUCACCAAGCAGAAGCAGAAGCCACUGGUGCUAUUAGUCAGCCGUCCACGGAACUAAAGCAGCAGCCACCCACUGCCGGUGGCACUGCCAACCACCCCGGUGCGUAUUCUGCGGCUCCUGGUACAGAUCCACAAAGAACGACAGAUCUUCGACUAUCCUUGGUGGGUCUGCCCUCUUCCACUGCAACACAGAUAGCUGGUUUGGACCCAGAGCUUGGUGAUGUUACUCCUACAACAUUGAGCCGUAAGCCAAAUGUUGUUAUCCAGGUGCCACCAGGAGCAGAGCCAGUUUUCGGUCCCGAUGUUCCAACCGAAGCUGGUCCCAGUCUUCCCACAAUCCAAUCGGACAGUUUUAGUGGAGGCGGCCUUGUGGAGGCAGAUCCCGUAUCAGAAGAAGAUGACGAGGCCAUGCAGAAUGCCACACAAGUCGAUACAGAACAGAUAAAAGCGAGGACAAGCGAAAUCAAGCGACAAAAUCACAGAAAGUUUGCCUUGGCAUUUCUGGGUAUUGCAGUUGUCAUCAUAGUCAUUGUUAUGACCAUCCUGGGGGGCACCGGCUCCUUCUCAAAGGACCCUCCUGAGAUUAUAGAGGCCACCCCUCCACCAUUCAAGAAUGCAACACGGCCUCCGACCCCUUCACCCACCCAGGCCCCAACACAGUAUUUGGUUGUCCUUCGAGAGGAACUGAAUCUGCCAACUGCAACACUUGACAAAAUUGACGCCAACAGUGCUUCAGCACAGUACAGAGCUUUUGAUUGGCUAGAAUCGAAUCGAGAGUUGUAUGAUGGUCUGCUACCGUGGCAGAAGCAGCAGCUCUUUGCUCUGUUAACCUUUUACUUUGAUUUUUCUGGUCCAAAGUGGCCCAAAGUAGUGGGGAAAACUUGGCUGGAGGAGAAGGACGUGUGCAGGUGGUACUCGGCAGAAUAUGGGGCGUUUGAUGAGGACGGGGGCUUCCUUGAGUUUGCAAAGUUGAAUACAGAUAUCCAGCAGGCAACUGCCAGGAACUCUUGCACUUUUGAUGGCAAAUUUCAAGCUUUGGUAAUGGCCCAAUUGCCUCUUGAGGAGGAAGUCCCGCAGAUUCCAGCUGAAAUCUCUCUGCUGACAUACUUGUCAGCAUUGUCGUUGCCUCACAAUAAAGUCAACCGUUCGUUGGUCGACCUGCUAUCCCCUGAGAUUUAUGAGAUGGAGAAUCUGGAUUACAUCAACUUUUGGAACAAUUUCCUGUCGGGUCCAUUGCCUUCAGAGUUUGGGUCAUUGACAAAGCUGGAUACCAUUGGGCUGCGUGACAACCAACUCACGGGCUCCAUUCCUGCUAGCUGGAGCAAAUUGACCAAUAUGAAGGAUCUGGAUGUGGCAAACAAUAGGUUGACAGAUUCCUUGCCAGAUUUCUUUUCAACUCUGGGUUCAAUGACGAAAUUGACAAGCCUGAAUGCCUUCUCGAACUGGUUUGUGGGGCCACUACCACCGGAAAUUGGCCUUCUUACUUCCCUUGGAAAUCUGGAUUUGAAGAGGACUGCUGGUCUGAACGGCACAAUCCCAACUGAAAUAGGCCUUCUCACUUCCCUUGAACGUCUCAAUUUGAACAGAAAUGCUGGACUGUAUGGCACAAUCCCAACAGAGAUCGGACUUCUUACAAGCCUUACUUUUCUGGAUCUGUCUCACUGCAGUUUCACUGGUGAAAUUCCAAGUGAAAUUGGUUUGCUUACAGGCCUGGAAAGGCUCUAUUUUAUGCGAACUAAAUUUUCUGGUACGGUCCCACGAGAGAUCUUCCUGCUCACCAAUCUUAAGAGAUUCUACUUCGACGCCAAUCCGAACCUGAGUGGCUCUAUACCAACUGAAAUUGGGUUGCAAACUGCACUUGAGAAAGUCCAGAUGUAUGCGUGUGCUCUGGGUGGAACAGUCCCUACUGAGAUUGGCCAUCUUACGGCUUUGGGGCAUUUCUGGAUAGGAGACAACCCCUCCAUCAAUGGCAGAAUACCUAGCGAGCUGUGGUCACUACCAGCCUUGACCAGUCUUGGGCUGGCGAGGAACAGCUUCACUGGCCCAGUUCCCUCUGAAAUUGGCAUGCUCCAGGCCUUAACAAACCAGACAGCCACAGCUGCAGGCAGUGGGGUGAACAUUGGAGGCAAUGCAUUGAGUGGCUCAAUUCCCAAGGAAAUUGGACAACUUGUUGGCUUGCAGUAUCUCUUCCUUGGUGGGAAUACUGGGGUAUCUGGCGGAGGUUUACCAUCAGAGUCUGGCAUGCUCACAUCAUUGGUUAAACUUGUUGUUUCUGGGAGCUCUCUUCGUGGCAGUCUCCCAUCUGAACUGGCAUUACUAACGGGCCUGACAGCACUCGAACUUUCAGAAUGCGCACUCACUGGCUAUAUACCAAGUGAGAUUGCAUUGAUGGCUGGUGUUAAAACACUUGACUUGUCAGCAAAUGCUCUGAUUGGGAGCAUUCCCAGUGAGAUUGGAUUGAUGGAAAACCUUGCGGAGCUCAUGCUCCACAACAACUCUCUAUCAGGGACUAUCCCAGAAAGGCUCGUAGGAAAUGAAAGUUCACUUGCCCGUCUUUCAUUGGAGAACAAUCCUGAGUUAUCUGGGGUUGUGCCUGAAAUGGUUUGCUCAUUGGGGUAUCACAAUGCCAGUGAAGGAGACUAUGCAGGAUUAUCAUUUGAUUGUGAAGAAAGUGUUUUGUGUGGUUGUGAAUGGUGUAUUUGCUAG